AUGCGGGCGGGGCUGCGGGGGCGGCGCCGCUGGAGGGGCCGGGGCGGCGGCGGGCUGGGCUGGCCUCGGGCUGCGAUGGAGCGGGGCCGCGGGCUCCGCGCCCCCCGCGCCGCGAAGCCGCAGAGGAAGAAGCGCCGCUCGUCCCCUCUGCCGGGGGCGGCCGCUGUGCCGGGCAGCCGGGCCGGCAGCUCCCAGAUGUGCCGGCGGCGCCUCUUCGGCAGCGCGGGGCCUCGCGGGCCCGAGCCCGCCUGCCUGAAGAAAAAGCCCAGUGGGAAAAACUUACCAAAGAUUAAAGAAAAUGUUGAAUAUACUGAAGAGAGCUCUUCAUGCAACCAAAGCAAUCAAGUGACUGUCAGAGAAACAACAGACUUCAAGAUAAAAGAUGAGGAACCAGAAAAAAACAGUGUACCACUUCAGGAUUACAAAAUAAUCAACUUUGAAAGUAAAGGAAGUUUAAAAAAUGCUGAAGUGACUUCAAGUACAGAAAUUACUCUUCCCACAGGUGUUUCCACCUUUCUCAUAGAGUGUUUAGAUGAAGAUUCAGCUGCAAAUUAUAGCGCUGCUAGUGACAGCCUGAAAACUUACUCAUCUCCUGAAACAUUCAGAGAUGAUGAUUUGGAUCCAGAAAGAUGCAAUUUUUACUCUGUGGACCUUGGCAAGUACAAGAACUCUACUCUCCUGGACUCCAGCAAAGCAGUGACCAUUGAUAAGAUACCACAGAUCUCAAAUCUUUCAGCAAUAUUAGAACCUGUACCAGAGGAUUUUCCAGAGCGAUGCACUAGAAGAAAGAGACCAUCAAGUUACUAUAAAAGCUCUUCAGCAUUAAACGUUUCAGCUACGCUGGCAGGGAAAAAACUCUGUAAAAUAACAGCUGCAGGAGAGAGAACUCCAGACCUAAAAAGUGGUACGCGCUGUUCUUCACCAUUAGGACCGGAAAGCAAGCAUGAUAAUCAAACAACUAAAGCCAAAAGGCUGAAGAAAAAAGAAAGCAGCUUUAAUCUCUUUGAAGAAGGUUCAUCAUCAUUUACACAGCUUGAUGCCUCAGAAGACAUGUCAGACAGCUCAAAGGAAUUGACAGUAGAAGUUCUGGCAGCCAAACCGAGGGAUGCUGUGGUGCCAAUGACUUCCACCAUGCUAAUCAUGGAGGAAAAUAAAGUCCUAAAAAGUCCUGGUAAUGCUCAGCCUCUAGAGCUAGAUCUUAGCUUGUCACCGGUGUGUAAAGCCUCACCUGGGGAAGACCUGUUCCUGAAUACCACAGGUCCAUUUGUAAACUCAGAAGAAAUUGUUCCUGCAUCUCUGAGCUCAGAAAAAGAAAUUAUUCCUCAGAGUCCAGAAGAAAAGAAUAUUUUAAAGCCUCAAUGUGAUAGACAAGAAAUCUGCUCCAUUGUUAGACUGUCACCAGACCCGAGGCCUUCCUGGCCCCAGCAAGUUCCAGUUAAAUUUAAAAAGUUCCGCUGUCCCAAAGGAGUGCCUGAAGAUACUAUAACAAGUACCAAAAAUUGGAUCUACUGUAAACAGAGAUGAGAUUUUUGGCUCUCAGCAGGAGUUAACAGAAGAAAUGACUGUCUUGCUACUGUGACAGGGUGGUAAAACAGAACUCCUAACUAGUAAAUAAUAGUUAUAUGGUUUUUGUAUGAAUGUUGUUUGAAAUUUAAUAUUACAUGUUUCUAUAAGCUAGUAAAUACUCAAAUACUUUAUAUUAAAUUGUUUUGUUCAGCAGCUAGAUCCUGCUCUGGGCAUUGUUCUGUAAGAUUCCAUAGAGAUGAUUCUUCAAUUUGUUUAGAUUUUUAAAAAGUUUGACUGAAGAACAGGAGACCAAAUUCCUUUAAUUAAUUACUUUUGGCUCUUUCUGCCAAGAUUUCUAGUUUUCUCUAGUAGCAUUAGCAUCAAAAGAUGGAACCUCUGUUUAAGUGUUAACAUUGACUAUGAAGGUCAGUGUUAACAUGGAGUCCUGGGAGUGGCCAUGAAAGCAUUCAUGCACUCUCGGAGACCCAGAAGUCAAUAGUAUGGCACCAUUAAACUCCUUGAGUGCUUAAGUCUGCAGAACUUUGGAGGUACGGGACUGUGAGUUCUGCUGUAAUUUGAUUUCUGAACAUGACUACAGGUCAUCUUCACCCCAUCAUCACUGAGAAUUGUCUCUUAAUGAUCAGCACUGUCACCAUUCAGGGCACAUCCACUGCCCAGCCACUGCCACCACAGAGUCCUUCCUGUUUCAUCUCAGGUAUUUUGUAAGAUCACAUCUCUUAGUCAUUCUCUCUUCUAGUGGCUUCAGACUUAAGAGAAAGUAAAUGCCUUACAUGAAGACAAUGGUGGGAAAAACCCUUUUAUAGCUGAACUGUUUGAAGAGAUGGAUAUUGACAUUCUGGAUUUUCAGGUUACUUCUCACACUGUGUCCACAUAAGUUAGACUCCCUGUGCUUCCUGUUCAGGUUGUGGAUUGUUAAUUCAUAAAUGUUGUUCUUAAUGUGCUGAAUGUCUCGGAAAAAACAGUCAAGAACAAUUUUUUUCCACUUGAAUUCAUUGCACAUUAAAGUAAUUUGGACCCCUACAGUGUUCUCACUACAAUAUCCUUUACUUAGACUCUAUCUGGAUGAAAAGAAAAUUUUUCAAUGUUUCAAAAUGCUAGUAUGGCUUUCAAAAGUCUGAGUUUGUUUCUCAGUGUUAUCACCCUGGAAAAUAGUUCUGUAUUUCCUAAAAGAGAAUUAAAAGAAGACAUACAAAAUCCAUAA